AUGGAAAGCGUAAACUCUGUGGGAAAUGAUGAUUUGCGAACCAGAUACCUCUAUGAAAAGUAUGUCCUUCGUACUCACCUAAUUGAGCAGGCAGUUGGUUACUCCAAAGGCUCCAGCUACAAGAGGCUAGUCGCUCUGCAAAAUGACCUUAACAGGGGACUAUACAGAAAUUUUGAACGGGAAUCCAUUCAAAGAGAUGCGAAUAUGGCUCUCUUGAGAAAGGACUGCCGAGAAGCUAACUUUGCAGAGUACAUACCGUCAUCAUAUGAUGACCUGGACUAUGCACAUUACAGGAGGAUCCAGGGGCGAUCAACACAUGCAGAAGCAACGGACUUUAGGUAUACUGGUGCAGGUAUAAAUCCUGAUAUUAUUGAAACUCAAGAUGGGAAAUGGAAUACAGACACAUCACAGGUUGCUAGAAUUACGGUAAAGGAGAUAAAUUUGGAUUCAAUAUGCAACACAGACUCUAGAUAUAGUUCAAUAGUAAACCAAAACUUGGAAUCUUAUAGAGAGCCUUCCGUAGUGGAAGAACUGGUGAAGAAUGGUAUGUCACCCAUGGAGGUAGCUAGGCUUUCUGACGUGUUCCAGCAUCCCUUGGUAUUUCGCAAGGUAUCACAAUCCAUCAUACCAUGGCUAAAGGAACAAACAAUAAUGGGCUAUUGGAACAACAAUGUUUCUUUAUUUAUCCUUUGUCUGACGAUUGCAAUAAGUGUAGGAAGUGUGGAAACAAUUUUCAAGCUUAAUGAUACUUGGGGUAUGGUCUUUUUACUCACAUAUUUACUAUCAUAUAUUCUUGUUGUACAACCCAUGAUUUGUUUUGAGUUAACUACAGGACAAUUGUACAGAGCGGGCCCGUCUGCCAUUUUUGAUAAGCUUGUUAGUGGCUGCGGAGGUAUUGGAACCACAAUGGUGUUACUGUGUAUUAUUUCCGGAUGCAUAGCAUGUGGAAGAACGUCAGCAGAGUACAUGAUUUAUUUUAUAAAUGUGUUCAAGAAGAGAAUGCCCUGGAAAAUUACGGGUGAGGAUAUGGAAAAAUGUGCAACGGCUGGAGCUUCCUUGACAAAGUGUAAACAAUUUGGUCCAUUAUGUGCAUUUGUUGAUGGAAAAUGUAGUUUUAACGCAAUAGGAAAGGCUUAUUUAGCGUAUCAAGAUGCAUUUGACAAUGACAAUGCUUCAAUAAACAGCAUUAAUGUAGACCUUGUCUAUGGAAUGAUUGGUACAUACUCCCUUGUUUGGAUUCUUCAGAUGUUCGGAUUAACAAAUUUUACAUUUUCAGCAUUUAUUAUACUUAUUCUUUUGUUUUUUUUGGUGCACAUGCAGUUAUAUAGUACGUUGGUCUUGGAUGGUGCAACGGACUAUUUGUGGGAUUCUUUUUCGAAUAUAAAGUUUUCACUGAUAUUUCAAAAUAGCAGAAUAUGGUCUCAUUCAAUACGUUGCUGCAUUUACGAAUAUAUAGUGGGAAAUGGAAUUUACAGUACACUUGCCUCUAAAUCUAGAAUAGGCUAUGAUUUAUCUAAUGAAGCAGUAGGUGUGGGUCUCUGCUCAGGUUACGUUACAAGUUUGGUUUUUAUUACUGCUUCUGCCAUAGUAGGCUAUUACAGUAAGAUUUUAAAGACUCAACCUUCUGAUAUUUUGUGGCUGCUUAAACAGAAUUGCAGCUUUAUUUUGUUACCUUUGGGGUUUCCUAAUUCUAGAAACAUGGAAAGGACUCUUUUGGUUUUACUUUUUGGAUGUGGUUCCAUCCUAAUUUGCGCAACCCUUGCAAUUCAGAUUGAGGUUCUGGUUGUGUCUAUAGUUCGUUUAUCGGUUGUUAAAAUACACAGAAGAUAUAUUUCUACAAUUGUUUGCAUUCUUUUGCUAAUUUUAAGUAUUCCACUUUGCUCUCGUAGUGGUAAGAGAGUGAUUUGGUUUUUAGAAAUUGCAGUCGGUGAUUUGGGAAGGGUUUUUAUGGUUUUAAUGUCUUGCAUUGUAAUUGGAUGGCUUUAUGGAACACAAAUACAGAUUCAGCACGUGGGAAAAGUUCCAUUGUAUAUUUUUAAUGGGACUUUCUGGGUUGCCAAUAUUAUAGUUGCGCUCUGUGAAACAUUUGAUGAAACAGUAAAAAUGCCAAUUUGGUGGCUGGUUAGGUUUAUAUCGAUAAUUUUUGCAACUAUAAUAGCGGUUCUCUCCUAUAAGUACAAGAUUGGUGGAUCAUUAAAUGAAGUUGGAGAAAAGAAUGUUACAGCAAUUAAUGAAGGAGAAUCCAUAGCUAGGGACUCCCCUUUAGAAUCUAUCCAACAAAGUGGAGAUUUGCCAAUUAAAACAAUCUUGUACUAUCUUUAUUUUGGAAACAUUGAGCAUUUUAGAAGCCAGGUGUGUAGAAUCACGCCUAUGAAUAGAGUAGGAGGGGUUUCCAUGACGAUUUUAUGGUCAAUCUCCAUAAAGUGGGUCGCUUCAUGUCUUCUUUCCAAUACGCUGGCGGAUGUGCUUGAAGAAGUAAUUUCCGAUGAUAUCGCAAUGACAAUAAAUGAGGUCUCCAAAACAAGUAAAUGGCCCACCUUGGGCAUUUGGGGGAUAAAUACCUCGCUAAAUAUGGAUAUGUACUAA